AGAGACAAAUCUGCAUUAGAUUCAAACGGAACAAAAAUGCUCACUAAGCUUAGGAUUAGUAAGCUUGUUUCGUAUAGGAGAAUCUUCCAACGGAGGUUUCUGGUAACGAACAACGCUUUCUCCAACACUGAGGAGGAGUCGCCGGUUGUUGCCGCAGAGUCACCGGAGCUUCCGUCUUGGAUUAAAGACUUUCUAUCAAACAAGCUUUCUUCUACGAGUUCGGUUUCCAAAGAUGAUGAAGAUUUCGUUAUCCCUUCUUUGGCGAAUUGGGUCGAGAGCCAGAAGUUUAGUCGUGAAGAAGUUUCAAAGGGAAAUGUAGUGAAGAAACCAGUGGAAGAUAUUGAUAAAGUUUGCGACUUUUUGAAUAAGAAGGACGCGUCUCAUGGGGAUGUUGUUAAAGAGUUGAGUGGGUGUGAUGUGGUAGUUACAGAGAGUUUGGUUUUGCAAGUUUUGAGAAGGUUUAGUAAUGGAUGGAAUCAAGCUUAUGGGUUUUUCAUUUGGGCAAAAUCACAAACAGGUUAUGUGCAUUCAGGUCGGAGUUAUAAUGCAAUGGUUGAUGUGUUGGGGAAAUGUAGGAAUUUUGAUUUGAUGUGGGAAUUAGUUGAUGAGAUGAAGAAGAGUGAAGAAUCUGGGCUUGUUACGCUAGAUACGAUGAGUAAGGUUAUGAGGAGAUUGGCGAAGUCUGGGAAAUAUAGUGAAGCUGUUGAUGCUUUUUUAGGGAUGGAGAAAAGUUAUGGUGUGAAUACAGAUACUAAUGCUAUGAAUAGUUUGAUGGAUGCACUUGUGAAAGAGAAUAGUAUAGAGCAUGCUCAUGAAGUUUUUCUGAAGCUUUUUGAUACAAUUAAGCCGGAUGCUAGGACAUUCAAUAUUUUGAUUCACGGGUUUUGUAAAGCUCGGAAAUUUGAUGAUGCUAGGACGAUGAUGGAUUUGAUGAAGGUUACUGAGUUUAGUCCUGAUGUUGUUACUUACACAAGCUUUGUGGAAGGUUAUUGUAGGGAAGGAGAUUUUAGGAGAGUUAAUGAAAUGUUGGAAGAAAUGCGAGAGAACGGGUGUAAUCCUAAUGUUGUGACUUAUACGAUUGUGAUGCAUGCUUUGGGUAAAUCUAAACAAGUAUCUGAAGCUUUAGGAGUUUAUGAGAAGAUGAAAGAAGAUGGUUGUGUUCCUGAUGCUAAGUUUUAUAGCUCAUUGAUACAUAUUUUGUCGAAGACUGGUAGGUUUAAGGAUGCAGCUGAGAUAUUCGAGGACAUGACGAAUCAAGGAGUUCCUCGUGAUGUUUUGGUCUACAAUACCAUGAUUUCCGCUGCACUUCAUCACUCACGAGAUGAGAUGGCUCUACGUUUGCUUAAAAGGAUGGAGGAUGAGGAGGAGGAAUCGUGCAGUCCAAACGUUGAGACUUAUGCUCCAUUGCUAAAGAUGUGUUGCCAUAAGAAGAAAAUGAAGCUACUUGGAAUCCUGUUGCAUCACAUGUUGAAAAACGAUGUCAGCAUCGAUGUGUCUACAUAUAUUCUUCUCAUUAGAGGGUUAUGUAUGAGCGGGAAAGUUGAAGAAGCUUGCUUGUUCUUCGAAGAAGCGGUACGGAAAGGAAUUGUUCCUAGAGAUAGCACUUGCAAAAUGUUGGUAGAGGAGCUUGAGAAGAAAAAUAUGGCAGAAGCAAAACUCAAGAUUCAGAGUUUGGUUCAAUCGAAAACAAUGACCGAUUCUCAUAGUCCUUUAUCUGUUUCGUAGAGCCAUGGCUCAAAAGUUUUGUUUUUUUUUCUGUUGAAUGAUAAUCUUUUACUGUUAGAUCUCAAAUCAUGUUUUACCUUACUAAAAUGAAAUGAAUUUACAUGGAUUAUGUAAUGUUUGAUGAAUCAAUUUGUCACAAGUUU